GACAUCUUAGCGAAGAACUUUUCGGAUUUACCCUUAGAUCUCUGGAUCUGGUACCUAGGUUCGCAAAGUAUUGAAAUUCUUCGCCUUAUAAGGUACGGUGAAUUGUAAAAUACGAAUUUAGAGGUUAAUCAGACGACCGAUGGUUGACUCAACUGACACAACGUGGUGAACGUGUCGAACAAUUGAAACUGGUUAUCGAGAAAUCGAAGCAAAUUAUUUUUCUGAUCGUUCGAAGGGGUACGACCUACUUCGCGAUGGUGGUGAUAAAACAUGUGAUCCUUUGAAAAUGGAUUCUCCUGAAAAUUAUUGGGUUAAGGAAAAUGAUUCGGUCUGUCUAUGUGACCGUGAAAUAAAUUUCUAUUCUGCUUUAACCGGAUGAACUAAUACGUGCCAUAAAACGAACUAUCAUCGCUAACCCUACCUGUACUUUGAUGUCAAUUCCCCGGUGAAUAGCUUUGAUAUUUUUCGAUAGCUUCAGUACCGAGCGAGCACGCAUCAUGCCAACUUCAGACAGUUUUCAACAACUUCCGCAAGAAAAAAAAACCUCCACAGCGUCCGCAUUGGAUGGUGCAGUGUACAAAAUACAAGAAAUUAUAUCGUGCCCUUUGAUGGAAUUGAUUAUUUGAAGAAAUGUAACGUUAUCAUUUACCGCUACAAAAAUGCAAGAGGACUUUUUUCCCGCUGCUGAAAAAAUACUUUCUGACAUCGAAAAUGUACUCAAGAAGAAUCCAAAUCUAAUUGGAUUCGAAAUAAUACCGACUUUGGACAACGAGAACAAAUCGCCGGUUUUGCACGUCGAAAAUUCGUUGGGUUUAGCGUCGUGGAGCGUGAAACCGCUGUACCGUUACGCUUACAACCGGCUGCUCGAAUUACGUCAGAAUCGUAAUAAAAGAGAAGAUCCUAGCACGAUUUCGAGAUGGUUACUGGGUGCGCUUCUAUUAAAUCCAGACGUGACAACAUUUUGGAACAUGCGUCGAGAACUGGUAAAAAACGGAAGAUUGGAAUCAACGGGGGAGUUACAUUUCGUUGCCAUAGUUUUAUACUACAAAGCAAAAUGUUUUGAAGCCUUCGCUUACAGACGUUGGCUUCUUCAAUUUAUGUUGAUUGGAGAUUCUCAUACGUCGAACGUAGAAACAAUACUAGAGAGAGAAAUGACCAUCGCCACGAUAUCGGCUGAUAGAUACGCCAACAAUUAUCACGCUUGGAAUCACCGAGAGUACAUUGUAACGACAUUCCAAAAUUCUUCACCUGAAAAUUACGUCGAAUUUCUCAAAUCGGAAUGGCUGAGUUCAGGUGAAUGGUGUAGCCUCCAUAUUUCCGACUACAGUGGAUUUGCUUACCGUCAGUUUCUCAUAAAAAAACUUUUGCAAAUCAACCGCAAUCCGGAACAACCAACUAGACCGGAAACAACCUGCAGAGAAAUUCUUACGAAUUUUCUAAAUCUCGAUAUUCCCUCUCUAAUGAACGCGCCGAGUCACGAGGUCCUAAAUUAUCUUCAUUCAACUUCCGGAAUUCUUCCUCGUCACGAUGUUAAUUAUUCAGCUAUAUUAGCCGGACUUUCGUACUGGGUAGAGGAGUGUUUAUUCAACGAGGAAUUGCUCAAUCUUUACCCGGGUCACGAGGCCUUUUGGUAUCACAGAAGAUUUCUUUCGCAUCUCCUAAUCGUUUUAACUAUAUCUUACGAAAGAUAUUCCGUUUAUAAAAUUGAGCUAAUCGACCAAAAAAUACCCAGACUAUGUUCAAAAGACGUUAUCGAAACUAGAGGGGUUAAUUUCCGUUCAAAGUAUUCACCGAGUCAUCUGGAAACGGCUUACAGUAGACGUAAUUCCGACAUAAUUGACAAAGCCAGAAAAAUCGGCGGUCAUCAAAACGUUAUGGGUGAAAGAUUUGCUAAAUUUUUAUCUGGGAGAGGAUUAGUAGUGUGAACACCGAUGAAUAAUUACGUGAUUCUCUAUGAAAAUCAAACGAACAUUGAAAUAAAUUAUACAUUAUAUUGAUACUCGCAAUACUACACCUGAAUAUAAAAUUUAUGUAUUUGGUGUUAGUGUAUUAGAAUAAUUUAAUGGAUUUGUUUUUGAUAGCUGUAGAAAUUUUAUCAAAGGAAUUCUGUAUAAGUGACUUGUAUGAUAUGAUGAAUUAAUUUCGAAAUCACCAUCGGGUAUUUUGGAGGAAAAACAAAAUAAUUAUUCAAUUAACUUUUGUCUCAGAGAAAUAUAUAUAUAUAUAUAUUUAGUAUAUUUAUCCCCGUCAGAGAGUGAAUGUGGGUAUUAUUGCACUAUGAUUAUAAUAUAACUGAACUAGAAGACAAAUAUAAUUAAUUAAUAAAGAAUAGAAUAAUAAGAUGGCAAUUUUCAUACUCAAUUCGUCCAAUUCACAUAAGAUACUAAAAUAACGACGAAUUUUGUUGUUAUCAUCACAAUGUUAAUAUGAUAUACAGUCUAUUGAAUGCGGUUUACCAAAAUAUGUACCUAUAUAAAUAUAUAUAGGCCAUUGUCAUGCGUAUACAAUAUAAAUAUAGUGGCCAAAUAUUAUAUGACACAUCGCGGUUUUGUGAUUGGUAAUGUAAACGAGAUUACUCACCACUUAAUACGCAAAUACUAUACCAAUAUACACGCAAUAUACACAUAAAUAUUUAUAUAUACCUACAUAUUAUGAAAUAGGUGUAGUUAUUAAAGUUGUAUAUUUUAAAUAAAACAGUUCAAAUUUCUACAUGAAAAAA